AUGGUUCUGGUCGAGCCUGUUCCUAAGGUAAUUGAUCCUCUAAAGAUACGAAUUGAUGAUAACCCCCAAGCCGGUAUUAUUGGAGCACCAGGCGAUGCUAUGGUGGAUCUCGCAUCCCCCUUAAAUGUUGAAGUCCCAGAUGAGAUCAGUUCUAGUGGAAGUGAAUCGGAUUCUCCCGAGGUAGUUGCUUCAUCCAUCCCUGUGGAUCCUGACCCUCCCCAUCUUCCUCCUGAACCGACCCUUGCAGCCCUUGUGAGGCAGAAAGGAAAUCUUCGACCUGCGUCAGCUGAUGUGCGUUUCCCUUUGAAUUCUAAACUGAUGCCACCCUCGGCGAAAAAGCGAGGUGGCAAGAAAAGGGGUCUCGGCACCCCCCUUAAACAGGCCGAAAUUAGGAAUUUUGUGAGAACCAAUAACAUUUGUUGUAUUGGUAUCUUGGAGACUAAGAUCUCGCCUAAUGUUUUUCAUGCUGUCUCCGCUACUUUGCUUCCUGGUUGGAAUUGGUGCUUCAAUUAUGUGCAUUCGGCAAGAGGUAGAGUUUGGGUGGGUUGGAACCCUACUUAUGCCCUUUUUGUUAUGUCCGACUGCUCCUCUCAGGCCAUUCAUGGCCACUUGAGAUCUAUCACUAAUGGCACUUCCUUCUACUUAUCGGUGGUUUAUGCGGAGCACUCAUUUAUUUUGAGAAGACCGUUGUGGGCUGAGUUGAAUCACUACAGCCUUUUGUACCCGAAUGAGCCUUGGAUCGUUGCUGGAGACUUCAAUGCUAUCCGGUAUGCCUCUGAUAGGGCGGAUAGAUCAAACUACUGGAUUCCAGCCUUUGAAGAUUUUGGCAAUUGUCUCAUUCAAGCUGGCUUGGAUGAUCUUAGGUUUGUUGGUAAUCGCUUUACUUGGGUAGCCUCCUCUGGACCUAAUCGCAAGCAAAGGAAGAUCGACAGGGUUGUUGUAAACUCGGCUUGGAACUCUACUUUCUCUUAUUCUGAGGCCUCCUUCUUGGCGCCGGGUGUAUCGGACCAUUCCCCGAUGGUUGUUAGGAUCCUCCCUACUCCAAACAAUCGUAAGCCUUUUAAGUUUUUUAACUUUUGGAUGGCCCAUCCGACCUUCUUUGAGCUGGUAGCACAGAUAUGGGAUUCUUCCUUCGUUGGCUCGCCCAUGUAUACGCUUUGCUGCAAAUUGCGUGCUCUAAAGUAUAGACUUAAAGGCCUAAACAGGACAGCCUACUCGGAUAUCUCAACUCGUACGGAGGAAGCUAGAAGUCUGCUGUUGAUUGCCCAAAAUGCAAUUCAAUUAGACCCGCUCAACCGCCUUUAG